GCAAUUAUUUUCACCUGCCACAACCCGGUUUGUCUGGAGUCUGGACUCUUGUCAAUGCUCGGUUUAGCUAUGACGCCCAUCACGGUCCGAGAGAUUUUGAUGCUUUUCGUUGCAAGCAUGCACUUCAAUCCUGAUUAACUCCCAUCUCCUGCUACACCAUCUUGCCCGUUUCCAUCAAGACCGCCUUUGCUUACCUGCCACGGCGAUAUGCGUACUUCUAUCUUUUCAGAUUAGUGAUAUCAACCGCAGAUUGGAAUGGAUUACAGGUCGCUAUCUACCAAGCACUCUUAGUCGUCCCGGCCCUCUCUCCAGUCUUCAGACACAACUAUCUGUGAGCGGUUCAGAUUCAGCGGCCCAAACAAACGCCAUGUCUGCUCUUCACGAAGCCCUCAAGAGUCUUGGCCCUAUUGACUUCUCCGACGUUCCAUUAGACGACCUCAAACCCUUCCUCUCAGAUGCUUUCCGCCAUGGACAACUGAUUGUCGAGUCUGUACCGGUUCCUGCUCUGUCCAGUGAUCUUCACUCACACUCGAAUACCAACACAUCCUCAAGUGCUUCAUCGGUCUCGGACAUCUUCCCUUCCCCUGCACAUUCCCCGCCGCCCUCGUCAGAUGUGGAAGCGCUCCAAAAGGAAUGGAAGUCCGUGAAGUUGAAUUCCAAGGAUAAUCCACUAGGCAUCAGUGUUUAUAAAUUACCCUCGAAGGACGGGAAGGGUGCCUGGUUUGCAAGGAGAAGCGCUCAUGAGGGACUGGGGUUUACGAGAUGGAAGAAAGCGCUAGAACACGAGUUCCCCGAAACGAUGAAGGUCCGCGGUGGACCGGGAGAGGGAAAUAUUAGAGGAAUCGGCGGCGAGAAGAGGGUGGAAUGUAAGAAUGUUAAAGGCGUUGGGAAACUGGAAGUAUACCUUUUAUCGGCCCAAUUUGCCGGCCCGACUACUCCCAGAGAUUUUGUCACGAUGCUUCUUACCUCUGACCACGCUCUCACGGAUGAGUCUGGUGGAGAAAACGAAGUACCCCGACAUUAUAUGGUGAUAUCAAAGCCUUGUAAUCAUCCGGAUACUGCGCCACGAGAUGGCUACAUACGAGGAGAGUAUGAAUCUGUUGAAUUUAUCAGAGAGAUCCCAAGGAAGAAACCGCCUCAACGUUCGGCGUCUGCAAUGAAUUUGUCAAGCCAAGGGAAACAUGCACGAAACCAAUCAUCGACACUUGGUAAGGAAGCAGUAUUGCGGAACGCCACAAGAAAUCAUUCGCGGGGGAUGAGCGAUAGCGAUGUCCCGAUUGGUGCAAAAGCUUCAGCAUCGGAAACCGAUCUUUCGCAUAGCGAGAGCAGAGCACGCGGAAAGACCAUCUCAUUUGACAGUUCAAGAGACACCAAAGGCGAGAAGCUGGAUAAUUCAGGUCAAGAGGAUGAGUCAGAGAGCAAUCCAGUCGAGUGGAUUAUGAUCACACGAAGUGAUCCGGGAGGCAGCGUACCCCGGUUCAUGGUUGAACGAGGGACACCCGGCGGGAUCGUGUCCGACGCAGGUAAAUUUCUCAACUGGGCAUCUUCCAAGAACAUCGAAGACUUUGACAGCGAUGAGGAAGCAAGUGUUGAAGAUGAGCAAGAAGAGAAGGCACAGAAGACCGAACAUCCACGUCCUCGCGACCAUGAGAGAGAUUUGCACAAGCAACAGACAAAUGGACACUUAGUAGGAGUGGAAAAUAAGUCUACAACCGCGGCAGCUCCAGAAUCUCCAGAAUCAGCCCCGUCCAAUGGAAGUGGGCUGUACGAAAUGGUAGCAGGGGCAGCCGACGCCAUCACCUCACAUGCCCCCGCCAUCAUCGCGGACCGUUUCUCUGGUUAUGCAAAUGAAGAGAGCAAAGAGAGCUACAAUGGAAACACUGAUAACACCCCGAACGUGGAAAAGAAAAUUGACAACCAAGACUCUCCACGCCGUGACUCGAUAUCAACUAUCAGCAGCGAGUCUUCAUGGCACAGCUUUGCCUCCGCACGCGAAAGCAUCGAAGAAGAAGAGCACACCGAUACAUCCCCGACCCAAACCCCCGAAAGCGAAGCGGAGUUCCGAGCAGCGCUUCACCGAGACAAACAGCUGCAGAAGCUGGAGGAGAAGAAGCGAAAACUGGAUGAGAAGCUGAACAAAGCGCGCGAAAAAGAAGCGAGCAAGAAGAAUGAAGAUUCCGCUCACGAAGCGAUCCGGAAAGCAGAAGAGAAGCACCGGAAAGAGGUCGAUAAGCUAGAGAAGAAGAAGCAGAAGGAGAUACGCAAGGCAGAGACGCGGCGGAGGAAGGCCAUCGAGAAGGACGAACGGGCCAAGCUACUGCGAGAACUAGAGAGCGUGAAGGCCGAGGUCGCUAUGCUGCGGAAAGAGAAAGAGAUCCUGAACGCCCAGGUCGGCGUCCUGCAGGCAGAGAACACGAAUCUCGCGGCUCGGAUUGGGAAGAUGGGCACGCAGGGCGAGGAGGUGUUGAAGGAGGCGGGGCAGGAAGUUAAACAGGAACUCAAGAAUGGCAGUUGAGAGCAGCGAGUUUCAAGGGUAACUCGAGUGGGGACAAGGAAAAGGCGAAGGACUGAAUUGAAUUGGGAUGGGCGUUGGCUUUGUGACAUGUACAAUAUUACAAUUAUCUACCUAAGGG